AUGUUCAUUGAGAACGAGCACGUUGGUGACCGAACCAGACUCGAAGACUGGAGAAUUAAGGGCUACAACCCCCUGACUCCCCCAGACUUGCUUCAACACGAGUUUCCUCUCACCACCAAGUCCGAGAGAAUCAUCUACCAGGGCCGUGAGGAUGCUUGCAAAAUCCUGACGGGUGAGGACGACAGACUGCUGAUUGUUAUUGGUCCAUGCUCUAUUCACGAUCCAUCUGCUGCGCUUGAUUACUGUGACAGACUUUACAAGCUAAACGAGGAGCUCAAAGGUGAGCUUCACAUAGUGAUGAGAGCUUAUCUCGAGAAACCAAGAACCACCGUUGGAUGGAAGGGUCUCAUCAAUGAUCCUGAUAUUGAUGGCUCUUUCAAGAUUAACAAGGGUCUAAGGAUUUCGAGGGAACUCUUCUGCAAGUUGACUGAAAAGUUGCCCAUUGCGGGUGAGAUGCUCGACACAAUCUCGCCUCAAUUCCUCUCUGAUCUCUUCUCUGUUGGUGCCAUUGGUGCCAGAACAACUGAGUCGCAGCUUCACAGAGAGUUGGCUUCCGGAUUGUCCUUCCCUGUUGGGUUCAAGAACGGAACCGAUGGUUCGCUAGGAGUUGCUAUUGAUGCCAUGCGCGCGGCAUCUCAUCCUCAUCACUUCUUGAGUGUGACGAAACCGGGAAUCGUCGCCAUUGUUGGUACUGAAGGUAACAAGGACACUUUUGUAAUCUUGAGAGGAGGAAAGUCGGGUACGAAUUUUGACGAGGAAAGUGUGAAGAAGGCCAAGGCUGAACUUGCUAGUAAAGCAAACGUCGAUGGACAGGAAAGAAGAAUCAUGGUUGAUUGUUCCCACGGAAACUCCAACAAAGAUCAUAGAAACCAGCCUAAGGUCGCUGCUGAAAUUGCCAGGCAGAUGGGCCAAGGUGAGAACGCUAUUUGUGGUCUUAUGAUUGAGUCCAACAUUUGCGAAGGCAGACAGGACGUUCCUGCUGAAGGAAAGGAAGGCCUCAAGUACGGUUGUUCCAUCACAGAUGCCUGUAUCGGCUGGGAUGAGACUGUGGAUGUGUUGAAGAUGCUUGCUGGGGCGGUCAAGGCGAGAAGGAGUCAAAAAUAA